AUGGUAAAAUACUAUGGAUAUUUGGUGAGCGAUAGCUGGCUACAUCAACGAGCCCUUGAUGUGGGCUAUCCACCCGCCAAGACACCCGAAGACUCGGAUGAUAUCAUCAGCCUUGCAUCGAUAGAUGUCAUGGCAGCGACGGGCGUUCUCUCCUACGCCAGAGUUCGUCGAAUAAAGACUCCCAAGGGCAAAUCUUUCUGGUGCAUUGCCCUCGCCUGUGACGAUCCUAUUACUGUUGGAGAACGAAUGUCAACCCGCCCGCCGCCGGAGGCAAAAUAUAAGGCUUUGAAGGAGGCGCUGGGAAAGGAUGGACCGCCUCACUGGGAAACCAUCAAAGUCUCGUUGUAUUGCCACCUAUGCAGUUUAUUACAUACUGCUCAGGCUCUCGAAUUCUGGGACAUAGCACAUCAGUUACUGGCACCUACUGACAUCGGAAGCCCGCGAGAGAGUAAAUGGCUGAGAAGGGUUUAUCCGCUUUUGGAUAAUCGCGUUUUCAAACUUUUCAACGCACUCCCACAAAUUACAAUUCAACCAUAUGGUAUCGUUGCUGGCCCUGCAUCAGCUUCUUGGUCCCUGGAGCUCAGAGGUCACUUCCUCGCACAACAGAUUCAAGUCAUGUCAAAAUACUUCGGAUAUCUGAUAACUGAGGGCUGGUUGCACCAAAAAGCCCUUGAUCUGGGCUAUCCGCCCGCUCAGACACCAGAAGACUCGCGUAAUCUCCUUCGCAUGGUUCCUUUGAAUGUUAUGGCAGCGGCGGGCGUUCUCUCCUACGCCAGAGUUCGUCGAAUAAAAACUCCCAAGGGCAAAUAUUUCUGGUGCAUUGCCCUCGCCUGUGACGAUCCUAUUACUGUUGGAGAACGAAUGUCAACCCGCCCGCCGCCGGAGGCAAAUUAUAAGGCUCUGAAGGAGGCGAUGGGGAAGGAUGGCCCGGCUCACUGGUAUCGAGCUAUUUGA